AUGAGCUCGCAGCGCUAUCAACGGGUGAAUGCCCAGGAUGAAGAGGAUGGCCCUCACUCCUAUCAGUUGAACCCUGCUCGAUCCGAUCUCAAUCCGACCUCUCCGCCGCCCUCAUUCCGCUCUCGUUCAUCCUCGCCGUCAUCGAGACGACUAUUGCAUGACGAUCCACUCCGCCACGAUGACCAGGAGCUUGCUGACGCCUUUGGAGAUGAGGACGGCUCUGACGAUGACGGCGAGCCAGACGACAGGCAACGGUUGAUGCGGGCCAAUACCGAUGGAUGGGCGCCGCCGGAUCAUACACAGACCCCGAUGUCUUCCUCGUCGGAAUCGCGGAACGAUGCACAAGAGCCGACCCGAGCUGCUCCAGGGAUCGUACGACGACAGACUAUGUUGCCGACCUUCGCCACCCCGGAUCAGGGGCCAGAACGAGGCGAGAAGAAUGAGGAUUUACCUCCCUCUUACGAAGAGGCGGCCGCCGACGCCACACCCCCAUACUGGGAAACCACGAUUGUGGCGCCUGGAAUCGGAUCCGACGAAGUAUACGUGGAUGGUUUGCCUGUUGGGUCUAUCUUCUCAUUUGUGUGGAAUGCCAUGAUAUCAAUGUCCUUCCAACUGGUCGGCUUUUUAUUGACAUAUCUUCUGCACACCACCCACGCCGCAAAGAACGGCAGCCGAGCGGGCCUCGGUCUCACCCUCGUUCAGUAUGGCUUCUACAUGAAGGGCGGCAGCGAAAUUGGUGAGAACGGAGGAAGUGACGGAGGUGCCAUGUCGACCAUCAGUACCAGCGAAUGGAUUUCUUACGUCCUUAUGAUUGUCGGUUGGUUCAUUCUGAUCCGCGCGGUUAGCGACUUCCUUCGAGCUCGGCGCCAUGAGCAACUGGUGCUUCAGAGCCCCGACCGUGGCCUUGGCGUGCCGGUGAUUGCAGAGGGUGAGCGGUCUGAGACCGUUGUCUAA